UAAUCUGCAUAUACCAACCUAUGCAGGUAUGAGAAGCUUCUGCGUUCAACCCAGAACGCUGUCGUUCUCCAUUUCCUGCCAUUCUCCGCCUUCGUCUCACUCCGUUCCCUCACCUCCCAGUUCUGCUGCAUCUAGUUUCGGAGAGCUGAGGCUUUGAUUCUGAAAUGGAACCCCGGAGUUCUUCAUACGCCGAAGUCAGCUCCCUCUUCCACCACGACAAAAGCGAAGCCAACCAGUAUAUCGAGUGCGUUUACCAACUGCACCAGCUCAUGCACUCGCUCGACUCGCACAAACUCGUUCAAGCCCAGAACUUAAUGCAGAUGGCCAUGAAGAGGCUUCAGAAGGAGUUCUACCAAAUCCUAUCCAUGAAUCGGGCUUACUUGGACCCCGAAUCCGUCUCUGUUAGAUCCUCUCGAACCUCCAUCAGCACCUCCGAUUACGAUGAAACUGACAAUGGCUCGCCGGUCGACGAAAUUCGAGAAGCAGGCGAUUCGGUCUCCGAAGUCGAAAGGGUGUCUUUCGUUGCCAUGGAAAACCUGAGGUCGAUAGCAGAGUGUAUGAUUUCAUGCGGUUAUGCAAAGGAAUGCUUGAGCGUGUACGUAAGUAUCAGAAAGUCGAUCAUCAACGAAGGCGUUUAUCGUCUGAACGUCGACAAAUUGAGUUCGUCCAAGAUUCAUAAGAUGGAUUGGGAAGCUCUUGAGCUCAAAAUCAAGAGUUGGUUGGAGGCGGUGAACAUUUCGGUGAAGACGCUCUUCAACGGAGAGAGAAUCUUAAGCGACCAUGUGUUCGGCGCUUCGCAAUCCAUUCGAGAGUCUUGCUUCGCCGAAAUUUCCAGUGAUGGGGCCACUUGUCUGUUCCGAUUACCCGAACUCAUCGUCAAAACAAAGAAAUCGCCGCCGGAGAAGAUAUUUCGGAUGCUGGACAUGUAUUCUGCGUUAUCUGCACUGUGGCCGGAGAUCGAAUCCAUCUUCUUGUUCGAUUCAACCUGUGCUAUUCGAUCUCAAGUCCUUACAGCGCUGGUUCGACUCAGCGAGUCAGUACGAACAGUGUUUUUAGAAUUCGAGUCUGUCAUCAAAAAGCACUCUUCUAGGUCUUCGGUAAGCGACGGCGGUGUCCACCCACUGACAACACAGGCAAUGAGCUACCUCUCGCUUCUCGCAGAUUACGAAAACACGCUCUCUGACAUGUUCGCCGACUGGCCUUCGCUGCCAAAUUCGCCAUCGCCAUCGCUACCGGAGACAUUCCAAGACAGUUUAGACUCCGAUAGCUCGUCGGCGCCGCCGCCGUUCUCCUCGCGGAUAGCUUGGCUAAUUCUCGUUCUCCUUUGUAAACUCGACUGCAAAGCAUCGCAUUACAAGGACGCUUCCUUGGGCUACCUGUUUCUCGCAAAUAAUCUGCAUCAUGUGAUCGAGAGAGCGCGUAACUCGAACUUACAGACGGUGCUGGGCUACGAGUGGAGGAAGCACGAAGCGAAGAUGAAAUGGUUCGUAACGAACUACGGGGUGGCAUGGGGAGACGUGAUUUCGUCGUUGCCUGAAAACCCAAAGGCGGCGCCGGAGGCGAAGGAAAUAUUUGAGAAAUUCAACUUCAAUUUUGAGAAAGCGUACCGGAAGCAGAAUUCAUUUGUCGUGGCAAAUCGGACGCUUAAAGACGAAAUCACUGGAUCAAUAGCCAGGAAAGUAGUGCCAGUUUAUAGGGAAUUUUAUGACACGCACAGGAUUCUUGGGGGUUCAUGGAGAGAAACGAGAGAGUAUGUCCAGUUUACUCCCGAAGACGUGGCAAGUUACGUAUCGAACCUCUUCUUUGCGAGGACGAGCUCCAAUAGCAGAUCAUCGUAGCCGUCGUCGUCGUCGUCGGCGGCAUUAUCUAACUUGCGGCGU